AUGUCAUACUCGCAAAGCAGCACAGGAUCAGUAAACGGUUUGGCUUAUAACAUCCUCAACGCCUCCCAAUCCCUCUCGUCCACCCCUCGCGCUACUCCUCCGCCCCCAAAAGGCUCACAAAUGUCCUCCUUUGGCAUGUCCAACGGUGCCUCACGAGGUAGCUUUAAUGGUUAUGACGGAUCAAAUGACUAUGGCUCGGCGAUCUCGUAUCAGGAGCCGCAGAUCUAUCGCGCCGUCUAUUCUAACGUCUCUGUCUAUGAAAUGGAGGUCAAUGGUGUUGCAGUUAUGAAACGUCGAUCUGACUCCUGGCUAAAUGCAACCCAAAUCCUGAAAGUCGCCGGCGUUGUCAAAGCCAGACGUACGAAAACCCUCGAGAAGGAAAUUGCUGCUGGAGAGCAUGAGAAGGUGCAAGGUGGCUAUGGAAAAUACCAGGGAACGUGGGUAAACUACCAAAGAGGUGUUGAAUUAUGUCGAGAAUACCGGGUCGAGGAACUAUUGCGUCCACUAUUAGAGUAUGACAUGAGUCCUGACGGGUCUGGUGGUCCCUCUCAGGGAACCCUUGAUACACCUACGAAAGAACAGGCAAUGGCUGCACAGCGCAAGCGACUAUACAGCGGCGCCGAGAACCGCAGCAUGUCCCAGCCACAACAAGGGACUUUCUUUCAGAACAUCUCACGUACAGCGGCAACAGCCGUCAAUGCCAUCAGCAAAGCUCGCUUUGAUUCUCCUAGCUCAAAUAGCCGGCGACCCAGCAUGAUUCGCAAACCAUCGCAGAUGAGCAGCCAGGAAUCCCAAAUGGCAUUCAGCAGCCAGCAAAGCAUGUAUAACAUGUCUGAUAGCGGGUUUAGCAGCCUGCAGAACCGGUAUCAGGUACAUGAUGACCACGAGGACUUCGCAGAACCCCCACGCAAACGUGUUCGCUCUUCAUCACAUCAUGCUCCACUAAUUGGCCUGCCUCGAGAGCCGUCCAACUUAUCCAUGCACGAACCAACUCCAACCGAGCCUAACGAUUCUUUCUAUCAAGACUUUGACCUUCCUCCUCCCCCUAUGGAUGAUGGCCAAAAGCGAGGAGUUGAAGCUGUGGCGCCUGCCUCGGAUCCAGAGGGGUUCCAGAAGCAAAAAUUGAUCAUGACUCUCUUCCUUGACAAACGAAUUAAGGACUUUUCGAGCCAUCCUGCACUUAUACAACUUUCUGGCGAGGACCUUGAGCUUCCCCUCGACGAAUAUCGAAAUAAUGCUCUUCACUGGGCUGCAAUGCUUGCCCGUAUGCCUCUUGUGAAUGCCCUUGUGGCAAAAGGAGCAAGUAUAUCCCGUGUGAAUGCGGCUGGCGAGACUGCUCUUCAAAAAUCAGUGGGAACUCGGAACAACCUCGACUAUCGAAGCUUUCCUCGUUUGCUUCAAGCGCUUGCCCCAACCAUUGACAUGGUAGAUUACAGUGGCCGAACCAUCCUCCACCAUAUUGCUGUCAUGGCAGCAACUGGCGGCGGCGGACAUGUCUCUGCUAAGCACUACCUGGAAUCUUUGUUGGAAUUUAUUGUCCGACAUGGUGGAGCUACCCUGAACACAAACGGCGAUCGCGUGCAGAAUGGAUCGCAAGGCGGCGAGGUCAUCUCCCUAGGACGUUUUAUAUCUGAGAUUGUCAACCUACGCGACGAGCAGGGUGAUACCGCAUUAAAUCUUGCAGGGCGUGCGCGGUCUGUUCUUGUUCCACAACUUCUAGAAGUUGGAGCCGAUCCCCAUAUUCCUAAUCACACGGGUCUCCGGCCUGCUGAUUAUGGAGUUGGUGUGGAUAUGGUAGACGGGAAUUCACAAUCACAACAAUCUGGUGGUCGAAAUGAUACUUUUAUUGAUCAACUGGCAAAGUCGAAGAAGGAAGUCCUUGAUGCGGCUAUGUCUCAAAUCAGCGCUCUGGUCGAGGAGGCCUUGGGAGGUAUUGACCGUGAUCUUGCGUCGAGCCUCACACAGAAGCAAGAGAAAUUCGACCAUUGGCACUCUAAGAUUCGCGAGUCCGCAAAGGCUCGCCAGAUUGAGCAAAAGCAGUUAGACGAAUUAAAACUCAAGGCUUCCGAGCGAGUGGAACUUGACCGUCGCAUCAAGAACAUGGAACGUUCUUCCGAUGUUUUGCUGACUACAUUGAAAAACUCGAAAGGAUUUGACACCUCUCAUAUUGCUGUUGUUGGCGAUGCAGAUCAUGAUGCCGGAGUGGAUAUUGUAGCCUUUGAAGCCCUAUUUCCCGAGAAUUUCGACCCUUCAUCCGGAUUCUCUGAUCAACAAAUCGCUUUCUUGGGUACAAUUUCAGCUCCAGACUCUCUGAAGCAUAGGCUUCAGUGCUAUGAACAAUUCAACCUCGGCAUCACAGCUGAUGUUGACAGUCUGAAAGCCAAGAAUGCCGUUCUGGGUCAAAACUACCGUCGCAUGGUGAUGGCUUGUACCGGAUGGAGCGCAGAGCAAGUUGAUGAGGCCGCAGAAGGUCUAACCCAGUGUGUCAAAGACCUGAACGAUAAUCCUGUGCCGGAAGAUGAAGCUAUCGAGAUUCUGAUGCGGGAUCGCGGGCAGGACUGGUAG